UGGUUUCCUUUUUCUUUUUUUCUUUUUGGAUUUUACUCGUUGUUUAACACUUGUACUUGAUGAGUGAAUCAAUAGUAUCUCCUCUUGGCGGUUCCGUUUUCAAUUUAAGUGCCGCAUGUUGGGUUCUUCGGCUGUCUUCUUCUUAGGGUUUCUUAACGAACCUCAUCGCCAUCGUUUCCCAUCAUUCAAACGGCUUAACUCUCGGGGAGUUUUCGGUGUUUGAGUUAAUAGUUUUACUAAUGUCACAGAAGAGGCCCCAAGAAGAUGGUAAGGCUCGACCCUCUGAAGCGUUUAGUCCUGAUCAGGAUAAACGGAGAAGGGUUCCCACAUUGAGAAAUGUGGUUCAGGAGGUGAUGAAGUUGCAAUCAGUCCAGCAUUUGCUGGAGCCAGUUUUGGAGCCACUAAUUCGUAGAGUGGUCAGAGAGGAAGUUGAAGCGGCUCUUAGAAAGAAUUUGAAUAAUAUGAAAAGGAAUGGAGGGAAGGAGGUAAAUUCUACCGAAUCAAGAAAUUUACACCUCCAGUUCUUAAAUAAUCUCUCUCUUCCGGUGUUCACUGGAGCUCGAAUUGAAGCAGAAGAAUGUUCUGCCAUUAAGGUGGCCAUAGUCGAUGCACUUACUGGACAAAUAGUUUCCUCUGGCCCCGAGGCUUCUGCCAAAGUAGAAAUUGUAGUCCUCGAGGGAGAUUUUGAUGGUGAUGAGGGGGACAAUUGGACACUUGAAGAGUUUAAGAAUAACAUUGUAAGAGAGAGAGAAGGAAAGAAACCUCUUCUUGCCGGAGAUGCAUUUCUAACUCUUACUGAGGGAAUUGGAUUAGUGGGUGAGAUAUCGUUCUCAGAUAAUUCAAGCUGGACGAGAAGCCGUCGUUUCAGACUUGGUGCAAGAGUUGUGGAUGGCUCUGAUGGAACUAGAGUAAGAGAAGCAAAGAUGGAAUCCUUCAUUGUCAGGGAUCAUCGUGGUGAAUUAUACAAGAAGCACCAUCCUCCAUCUCUUUCUGAUGAAGUAUGGAGAUUAGAGAAAAUUGGCAAAGAUGGGGCUUUCCAUAAGCGCUUGAGUCGGGAAAAUAUCAACUCUGUAAAGGAUUUCUUGACCAUGCUCUUCAUAGAUCCUCCAAGGCUACGGCAUAUCCUCGGCACAGGUAUGUCAGCUAAGAUGUGGGAUGUCACCGUGGAGCAUGCUCGAACAUGUGUGAUUGAUAAGAGAGUGUACUUGUACUGCCCUCCUGGUUCUCUACAGAAAUCCGGCGUAGUCUUCAACAUUGUUGGACAAGUGACAGGUCUACUUUCGGAAUGCCAGUAUAUUACAAUAGAUAAGCUAUCAGAAACUGAGAAGAUUGAAGCCCAAAACUUGGUGAUUUCUGCAUUUCAACGCUGGGAAGAUGUUCUUUCUUUCGAUGAUGAGGCGUCUCUUACAGCUGGUUUUUCGAAUUUAGCUAAUUCUCCAUACACAAGCUCAGCGAAGACGGAGAUUUCUAAUGAUACCAAGUAUUUGGCUUCUCAAAAGAUUGGUGGAUUUGAUUAUGCACAAUCAAGUUCUUCUCCGGAUAUCAUUUCAACCAUCUAUUCAGUUGGGGGUAUGAGCGGCUUAGACGAUUAUACGCUGCAUGGUAUCGAAAAUAUGUGUCUUAGAUCAUAUGACCAAACAUUGAGUUAUCCCGGCCGAGUCGCUAAUUCCCUGAUAUGUGACACAGAUAUUAGUCAGUCAUUUUGCGAUGAAGAUCAUCUUCGGUUUUUCGAUAAUGAUCUCCAGUCCCAGAGCCUUGGUUUGGAAUCACAAGUGGAUCUACAAGCUGCCGUUGACGGAUUCCUUCUGCAACGUACUGCUGUUAAAGCACAGAGGAGAUGGACCAAGGUUUUCAGUGUGCUCAAAUGGUUCUCCAUUAAAAGAAAAGUUAAAGAAAAAUUUCGUGGUCUUCAGAUAUAGCCAUGGAUUGCCAUGUUUUUACCGAUUCCAUUCUUCGUGUGACUUUCAGAAAA